GCAUUUUUUAAAUUGCAAUCUCACCUUUGCCACAAUAAAAUGCAGAUGUGUGAUUACAUGCAAAUGCAUGUCUCAUUGUGUGAGUGCACACACUGCAUCCACCCUCUGAAACACACAGCGCUCUUUGAUUGUGUAACUUUCAGGUGACUUCUUUUGAAAGUGGUCUGACGUCUCAGGGAGGGGUGCAGGAAUGUCAUAUAAAGCACAACAAACGUAGAAGCUGAAUCUCACAGCAAACGGCAGCACACCAGCACUCAUGGACGAGUUGAAGCUUCGAAAUGUCCACCUGCAGCAGGUCCAGAACCAGAUCCGGCACCGGACGGACGGUCUGAGCUCCAGCUCUCUGGUGCUGCGACGAGGACAGCCCUUCACCAUCCUCAUCGGCUAUGAUGGACGGCCAUUCGAUCCACUGAAGGACAAACUGGUCUUCCGGAUUGUUCUAGGGCCGCAGUCUGUGGAGAUCCCGGUCUCAAUGUCUGGAAACCCUUCUCUGUCUCAAUGGAGUGCCGUUCUGGAGAGGAGCGUGCUGGACCCGAACGCGGGCCGUACGCAGGCCGUAUCACUGUUCAGCCCUGCGUCUUCCUCUGUGGGAGUCUAUACACUUCAGCUGAGAGUCGAGACCCGCGGGACCAUCAAAACACACGUGCUGGGACAGUUCACGCUCCUCUGCAACCCCUGGUGUCAAGCGGACUCCGUGUUCCUGCCGUCUGAGGAUCUGAGGGAUGAAUACAUCAGGAAUGACUUCGGCCUGCUGUUUAAAGGCAGUCCCGGGAACGUCGUCUCCAGACCCUGGUCUUUCGGUCAGUAUGAAAAGGGAAUACUGGACAUCUGUAUGAAGUUGCUGGAGUUGAGUCCUCAAUCUCAAGCCGACACGAGGAGAGAUCUUCAGAACCGCAGCAGUCCGGUGUACAUCAGCCGUGUGAUCUCAGCUAUGGUGAACUGUCAGGAUGAUAAAGGGGUGUUAAUGGGGAACUGGUCAGGAAAGUACAGCGAUGGUGUAAACCCCUCCACGUGGUCCGGAAGUGCGGAUAUUCUCAGGAUGUGGGCAGAAAGACACUUCAGCCCUGUGAAAUACGGACAGUGCUGGGUGUUCGCUGCUGUCAUGUGUACAGUGAUGAGAGUCCUCGGCAUUCCAACUCGAGUGAUCACCAACUUCAACUCGGCUCACGACACAAACAUGAACAUGGUGAUUGAGGAGUAUUACUCAGAGAUGGGGGAAAAGCUGUCCAUCGGUCGGGAUAGUGUCUGGAACUUCCAUGUGUGGGUGGAGAGUUGGAUGAAGAGGCCUGAUCUGGACGGAGGUUAUGACGGCUGGCAGGUUCUUGACCCCACGCCACAAGAGAUGAGCGCCGGAACGUACCGCUGUGGUCCUGCGGCUGUGAAAGCCGUUCAUGAGCAGAAGGUGAGCGCGCCGUACGACGUACCCUUCGUUUACGCAGAAGUCAAUGCAGAUGUGCGGAGAAUGAUCAUCAAAGAUGGGAGGAUAUUAGCGACCAGCGUUGACAAAGACUCAGUCGGAGCCCUGAUCUGCACCAAACGCCCCGGAGCCAUGCUCAUGCAGGACGUCACGUCAGAAUACAAAACUGAGGAUAGAAGAUCGUUCAGCAGUGACGUUCGAGGUGGUGGAGAUACUCCUAGAAAUUUCGCCCGAAGUGGUGAAGGUGCUAAUGGAAGAGCUCCUCAGGGCGUUAGAGUUUCUCUCCAGCUUCUGAAAGCCCCUGUGGUCGGAGAAAACCUUUCUUUCAACGUCAUAAUCACUAACAACGAAGCAAUGCCAAAACUGCUGAGGAAACACGUGAACGCUCAGAACAAAGAGUUCAACCGUAAUCCCACUGGAACCUUCUGGGAGGCUCAUGACGAUAUGAAGAUCGGCCCGCGUGAAACUGUGACUGUAAAACACGAGAUCUCCUUCAACAAGUACAUGCUGAACGAGGCGAUGGAGGAUUGCUUGGUUAACCUGUCGGUGGUUAUAGAGGAUGUGAAUUCUCAGGAGAGAGUGCUGGCUUCAGAAGAGUUUAACAUCAGCAGCCCUCACCUCAAUAUACAGAUUCAAAACGAGCACUCGGUCAUCAUUAACACACAGCAAGUUGCCACGAUAUCCUUUACCAACCCGUUCAGCGUUGCCGUGAGCGGUGACCUCAUCGUAGUGGGUUCAGGACUCCUGGAGGAGAAGGUUCAGACGAGGCUUACGAUCCAGCCUCGAGAAACUAUGAGGAGGGCCAUCCGUUUCAUUCCCACGAUGACGGGAGUCAAGAUGCUUCACGCUAGUUUAGAGCUGACCAAUCCGUCCACCGUUCUCCGUGGAUUCAAGACCGUCACUGUUCAAGCAGCUUAGAGGAAAACACCCUUACAGAUGAUCGAUCGCGAACACCGAGAGGUGAAAAGGAAAUAUGUUUAAAUUGUGCUUUUUUUGGACGUUCUUAAAUAAUAUUUAAAUUACAAGUGUAUAAGUGCAUAUUGAAUGUAUUAUUCUGAAACAACUUUAGGUAUAUUAGGUGUAUUUCAAGAUAUGCUUAAAAUCAAUUUUAAGCCAUUUGCAAUAUAAUUAAUAUAUUAAAUUAGAUGGAACCACUUAAGUGUAUUUCUUUACAGCUCAUUUAAAAUAUACUUUCAUAUUUAUUAAAUACAAUACGGGUGCACUAAUGCACAAAUAAAACUGAAUUAAUGUGUAACUAAUGAAUAUCUAAGCUAUUCAUUAAUGAUUACCACAUUAGGAGUCUGUAAAGUUAAUGUCUU